AUGUGGCUGUGUUUUCAGACGACAGAGGUGAGGCUGGAGGUGACGGAGGUGAGGCGGGAGGGCACGGUGGAGGUGAGAGUGGAUUUGGUGGUGAUAGAAAAUAAUGGAGGUGGACAUGGAGGUGGUGGUUAUGGAGGGGGCGGGCAGCAUGGAGGUGGAGGUGGUUAUGAUGGAGGUGACAGCGGAAGCGGAGCUGAAGGAGGUGGAGGUGGAGUUGGUGAAGAUGGAGGUGGAGAUGGGACGACAGAGGUGAGGCUGGAGGUGACGGAGGUGAGGCGGGAGGGCACGGUGGAGGUGAGAGUGGAUUUGGUGGUGAUAGAAAAUAAUGGAGGUGGACAUGGAGGUGGUGGUUAUGGAGGGGGCGGGCAUCAUGGAGGUGGAGGUGGUUAUGGUGGAGGUGACAGCGGAAGCGGAGCUGAAGGAGGUGGAGGUGGAGUUGGUGAAGAUGGAGGUGGAGAUGGGGUUGUUAGAGUUUAG